GGAGAAGGAAAAGAAACUUUUUUUUUAAAAGAGAAAUUAACAGAUGCUGCUAAGACUUUCCGAUAAACCUUCCUCCCACCUUGAAACUCCCUUUCAAGGCACAGGAAGUUAACUGACCAUUAUCAGGGCAUAAAAACUCAAAGAAGUCCUCACUCUUCAUUCUCUCCUCCAGACACCCUCAACUUAACAGCAGCCAUGAAACUCCUCUUAUCGAUUCUCUUCUGUUUCUGUGGCUUCACACUGUUCACUGUGGAAGGUGUGGGAAGUGAAGUCAUGAAAAGGAGUUUUUGUGUGAGCCUGACAAGCAAGCCCCUACCUGUUUAUUCAGUCAAGAGCUACCUCAUCGAAGAGGGCCCGAUGAGAGCAGUGAUUUUUGUCACCCGCAGAGGGAUUAAAAUCUGUGCUGAUCCUGACAUCAACUGGGCCAGAGGCAUCAUCAGAGCUGUGGACAGCAGACACAAAAGGAGAAAUAUGAUCCAGACUAAGCCAACGGGAUCACAGCUACCAACUGACAGGACCAUGACCAUGUCUGGGAAGCCAUCAUCCACCUAGGAGUGUGGUGGGAUGGAGACAGUGCUGUACUUGGAGUCAAGAAGAUCUGGGUUCAGAUUCUGCCUCAGACUUUUACUAGCUCUGUGACCUAACCUAGCAAGUGACCUAAUUAGUAAGUCACUUAACCUAUCUCAGUUUCCUCACUUGUAGAAUGGGGAUAAUAAUAGCUUUAAAAUCUAUUUCACAGGGCUGCUGUGAAGACCAAGAGAGAAUGUAUUUUGAGUGCUUUGUGUACCUAAAAGUACUGCAUAAAUCUCAAUCUCUAUCUCAAUAAAUUAUUGCUAGCACCUUGUCUCUCCUGCUGCCUUUCAAAGAAAACAAAGUGACUGUCCACAUGGACAGAUCAGAUUAUAUUCACCUUUCAGAAAGGGCUGUAUGGGCCAGAAGACACUCUGUACUUUCAUGUUUCAUGUUCAUUUUCUUUGUAUUCAUCUUAGAAUUGUGAUUAAAAUAUUUAUUAUUUUGAACAA